CUGUGCUCUUGCCACUCUUACUACUCUCUUUGGUCCUCACACAAGGCUCCAGUGUCAUGUCUUCAUAUUGUUUAUUAGGCUCGUUUACUGGGAAGAAUAGUGCGUGCAUGUCACAUAACCCUCCCACCGACCGCCUACGUCGUCGCUCAGCCAGCACCGGUGCUAUCGUUCCCCUCCACUCUCCCAUCUCCCCAGGUCCUUCCAGCCCACUCGUCUAUCAGCCCCCCAAAAAGAGGUUCCGAAAAUCAUGGUCGAGCAAAAAAGUAGACUACAACUUCUCAGCUGCAAACUCGAACAAUAUAGUUGGGAUCGUGAUGCUCGAGAUCCAAGGAGCGAGUGAUCUGCCUAGGCUGCGGGAGAUGCCUUGGGAAGCGAAGCAUGAUCCUACGAUUUCGUUACGGUGCGUUCGUCUCGUCUUGUUUCAUCUUCAUCUUGCUUAUCCUCCAUUGUCCUUCAUCGUUCCCAUCAUUCCCUCCCUAUCUCCAACCCGCCCACUCCCAACCACCCCAGCGCAAAAUUCCAGUCCUACGCCGAGCUCCGUCAACGUUUCUGGGCGCAAUGCGCUUUCUAAUGAUUUCUCAGAGUUCGGUGAGUCGCACAACACUCAAUGGGGUCGAUUAUAUGAAGCAAAGGAUGUGAAGGUGGAGUGGCACGGUGAGCACAAUAUCAAUAUGCUCUUGUGUAGACGAUGCCCACGCGGCUCGACGGCGCUACAAGAAAAACUCUCCGCUACUGCCUUCUGUCUGCAUCCGCUACUGCCUUCUGUCUGCAUCCGCUACCACCUUCUGUCUGCAUCCGCUACCGCCUUCUUUCUGCAUCUCUCCCACCCCCUACUGAACCCGGUUCUACCACCUGGCCUCUCGCCACCGACUCCCGCCCUUCCCGACCAAGCAUCUUCAACACCCAACGCUGCCACCUCGAUCUCCAUGGGACCCGCACUCUUUUGCAGCGUUUCUUCGUCACGGAUGGCUCGCGUAGCUGCCGUGGGGGAGAAACGCAGUAUAAUUCCUGAUUUACCUUAG